GCGACUGUAUAUAUGGAAGGAUUGCACCAUCUUUACAGCAUUGAAUCUCUGAAAAAUGUAGAACCUGGUAGAUACGAAAUAACCUGAGAAGUACCGGCCACUAUAUGAUCAUAGCCAAACUGAUCAAAUAUUAUUAGUAAACGUUUGGGCAGUCAAGUAUCGUAGAAAUAUAUAAUUUAGACGAAAACAAAAAUGCAGCUUGCUGGGCGAAACAACUUUACGACGGGCCGCACGCAGAGGCGGUUUUUUAAGGUUCAAGGGCACCGGUCGUUCUCCCCUACCUCUUCGCCUCUUCUUGAAGAAUGGGACUCCUUUGAUCUCAGACUCGAGGAAGACGCGGAGAGCGCCUUGCGCGGGUCCCACACAAUUUACUCCUGUGACAUGCAACGCGGUUCGAGUCAAAAACCAACGCGGAGUUCACGCCAUCCGCCAACCUGUUAACUGUUAUAUCGGCAAGAACUUCUUUGUUAGAUUACGCCAAGAAACCUUCAAAUUAAUGACAAUUGUCCGGGACAACAAAGCCCACGGCGUGUUUCAAUGUGAAUUCCGUCCCAUGCUGCAGAUGGACAAAAUGGCGCUGUCGGAGCAAGCAAUCAAGAUAAGAGAUGUGCCUAACGCUGGAGGGAACUCGGUCGUCUCUGAGGUGUUGUCAUAUGAAAUGAUGAAAAGCUGCUUCGGGGCUACUCUGCUGAAGACAGAGAUGGAGGUUGAGUAUUUCCCAGAGGGAGGGUCCAUCACAGACUACACGUGCAGCAUGUUCGGCAGCACGCUGGGCGUGUCAGUGACACGUGCUAUGAACUUCAGAGGGGAAUUCACGCACGAGGAUGCGAUCAGACUGCUGAACAAGAAGUUGAAAGGAAUUCUCCAGUCAUCCAACAACACCAUGGAAACCUGGGCCAAGCAGAUCCUCCACGUGUGGGCUACGUCAAACCACGUGGCCAAUGUGUUGAUCAGGGCAUAUGACGUCAUAGACGAGCACGUUAAGUCCAAUACUGUGGUAUUAGUGACAGUGGCGCACCAAGCGGAAGAAAUAUUUGCCAACAAGUGACCCUUAGUAGAGCACCCCGGUGUCAGAAAAACUCACCCAUCUUAAUUUUUUAUCGAGAUCAAAAAGAGCAAACAGAUCAAAGGAAACUUCAAAAUACUCAGACGGCAUAUCUCAAAGACUUGAUUUUAUCCAUUAUGUUUGGUAUACUAUUGGUGAAUCGAAAUAAAAAAAAGUGUUUUGGCAUUGUACCUAAAAUGUGAUCGUCAUUCUAUCUCGCCAAAGUUUAUCUUUGAAAAUAGCACUCCCAUUAACUCAAUUAAAAUUCUUUCAGCCUUUAAAAUUAUUACUACUUUAAUUUUAUCUUACUGUAUAUUUUGUUUAAUAAAAUUUUAUCACAAUA